AUGGCCACCCAAACCACAACUCCAGCAACAGCCCUCGCCCUCCAAUCCCGCAUCUCCCACCUCUCCCUCUCGCUCCUCCGGCACUUCAACGCCUUGCUCUCCGCGUCCCAGAACCCGACCAACCCCAACAGCACCUCAGCCGACCCAGACGCCGAUCAAGCGGAUCAGAAAGACACAAAACCACCAUCAGCGAUCCAAACAAUAAGCACGCAGAUCGACAUUGAGGUUGAGACGGCAGCGAUUGUCAAGGCGGUAGAGGAGAAGGAUGGAGAUGUUGACGUGGUCGAAGGUGGUGGAUUAGAGGGGGAGGAGCCAAGGCAGGUGAGGGUUGGGAUGGAGGCGUGGGUUGACGGGUGGGUCAGAACGGAGAUGGCGAAGGAGCGGGAAGGCACAGAUGGAGCGGACAGGGCGGAUGGGGAAGCCGAAGCACAAGGCACCGCAGUGGAGCAUGAUGAUGCGGCGUUCGAUCAGGCUGAACGGGCCGGAUGGACUAUGAGCCUACUAUGA